AGGUCGCGUAAGCGUUUGACGUCAGCAUAACAACAACCUGUCAUGACAGCUCGUUCGGAGGAAAGAAAUAAUUCGUUCAGCUUUGAUAUGAGAAUAUUUACGAUCCAGUCCACCCGCAUGUAAUAGCUCAUCUGUCAGUGUGUGAAAUCCAGGAGGGACAGGGCAUUCUUGGACCUGUCGGUUAGUCAGCCGAAGAGACGGGGAACAGGAUUGGGAAGCAGGGCGAGGCGGGCCCCGCGGAGCCGGCGGAGAAAAUGGCCGGCAGCCCGGAGAAGAGUUCCACCGCUCAGGAGCUGAAAGAGCAGGGGAACCGGCUGUUCCUCUGCCGCAAGUACCAGGAGGCUGCUACCUGCUACAGCAAAGCUAUCAACCGGAAUCCAUCCGUGGCAGUGUACUACACCAACAGGGCUCUCUGCCACGUGAAGCUGCAGCAGCAUGACAAGGCUCUGGCAGAUUGUAAGCAUGCGCUGGAGCUGGACACCCAGUCGGUCAAGGCCCACUUCUUCCUGGGCCAGUGUCACCUAGAGCUGGAGAACUAUGAUGAAGCCAUCGGUAACCUGCAGAGAGCUUAUAACCUGGCCAAAGAACAGAGGCUGAAUUUUGGAGACGACAUCCCCAGUGCCUUGCGCAUUGCAAAGAAGAAACGCUGGAACAGCAUUGAGGAGAAGCGCAUCAACCAGGAGAACGAGUUGCAUGCUUACUUGACCAAGCUCAUACUGGCUGAGAAGGAAAGAGAACAAGAAGAAUACAAUGAAAAACAGGACGACAAUCAAAAUGGGGGCGAUGCUGCCAAGAUUGCAUCAAAAAAUGACAAGUAUCUAAUGGACAUGGAAGAGCUCUUCUCUCAAGUGGAUGAGAAAAGAAAAAAGCGGGAGAUCCCAGAUUACCUGUGUGGGAAGAUCAGCUUCGAGCUGAUGAGAGAGCCCUGCAUCACACCCAGUGGAAUCACCUACGAUCGCAAGGACAUUGAAGAGCACCUACAGCGAGUGGGUCAUUUUGACCCUGUCACAAGGAGUCCUCUGACCCAGGACCAGCUGAUCCCUAACCUGGCCAUGAAGGAAGUCAUCGAUGCCUUUAUCCAGGAGAACGGCUGGGUGGAGGACUACUGAAGAGACCCCCCUCCCCUCCCAUUUUUCUCAUAAUGCCCCGAAACUCCACACAAAGCCUGGACAACUCGAGACUUUAGAGAAUCACCCCUUGCCUCGACAUAAACUUUACACAAGCAGGAAAAGCCACGUGAUGGACUACCAGAUGGGAGCCAUACAUCUUGCUCUGCCUUCCCUCCUCCUCCUCAUCCUCCUUCUCCUCCCCCUUCUCCUCCUCACAUUUUAUCUUUGCUGUAAAACAUCCGGCUCUGACUCUCUGAGGCUCGGCGGUCAUGGCCUGCUGCUCCCUUUAAAAGCCCCUUUCCAUUCAGAUAUUCUCUACACUUUCUCCUUUUUUCCCUCUCAUGCUGUUUCUAGUAUUACAAGCCUGACUCCUUUCUACACAAAACAAGGGGCCGUGUUCUCAGGUCUCCUCCUGCUCCCUCUCUGUCCCUCUCUUUCUCUGAGUGCCACAAUCCUUGGUAAGCAUCAGCAUUGCACACCAGUGUUUCAAAGAACCCAUCAAAUUUACAAACAAUUACACUUUGGUGGCAGAAUUAAUUCAAACAUUGGCCUUUUAUUUGGCGUUUACUUCCUGUAUUUCAUAGACGGUUUUUCUUUUUCUUUUAAGAACGGAGCAUUUGCCGAAGUGGUUACUGAAAUGCCAAAACUCUAAUCUCAACAAGGGUGACUCGUUUGUAUGCAAGUUUUACACAAUGAUAAUUUAAUUAUUAGUCAAUGGUUAGUUUGUCACUGAGUAUUUUAACCCGUUUUUUUCCAAUCAUCAAACCCCCAUUACAGACAAUUGAACUAAGUUGAAUGUAUGCAAAGUUUACUCUAGAGGUUUCACCUACCGUAAUUCAAGAUGUUUCUUAACGGGACAAUGUAAGGUUUCCAUAAAAAAAAAAGAACCUUGAAAUGGACAAUGGAAAUGACUGCUGCAUACGAAGAAGAAGAAAAAAAAAAAGUUUUAGCGUUGCUGGAUAAUUGUUGAAAGUGUUUGAAUUUUGAUAGAUGACGUGAGCUGUUCGGGGCUGAAGCUCAAAUCUGCGUCGAAGAACGGUCUGUGCUGUCUGUGUCGUUCAUAGAAACAAAAAUCCUGUGCUCGGACGUUGUGUUUGGCUUGUGCUGUCUGCCUGGAAUGUGUGUGUGGCCGCUUUCCUCAUGCAUGAAGUGAAUUUUCAUUUUCUUUUUGCAAAAAACAGAAUAGGGCGGCUGUCUCUUCCUUUGCCUUUUUUGCUGUUAAUUCGAUGCACCUUCUCCUCCCAGUGUCCCAGUUGUAAAAGACGACUGUUGCAUCGGCUCAUGUGAACCAGUCGUCGGUGUGAAACUAACAUUUUAAGUUGGUGAAAAUCAUGUUACGAGGAUUUCACUAGAUUUGCUGUACCAACCUCCUCUGUGUUAGACAUGCUGGAAGAGUUACGACCAUCUUGAUCUCGUCCAUACCUCAGUCCCAUCCUCUUAGUUUACAGGUUGUUCUGCUGAAUGUGUGUCCGUGGUGAGUUAGGCCUGUCGUGGGUUGUGUUGAAGUGCAGGCAGUGUAAAUAAUUUGCUUGUGUAUCUCAGAUUUUAUUUCUUUACUAUAUAAGGUUCUUUUUUUUUUCUCUUGAGAAAUCCUAUAGAGCUUGAGAAACUGUAUUAAAUGUAGAUAUGUUGAUAACAUAAAAGCCUGGUUCUGUUUUCAUUUGUUCAAAUUAAGUUUCUCAUUAAAGAGAUACCAAGUAUGAUGCUCGUUGGAAUCAAAUCUCUUACAUAUCGUUUUUCUUGCAGCACAAUUAAUAACACCAGCCCUUCAAUAAAUUCUCAUUUUGGUCAAUUUAAUGUGUUGUUUUUCAAUUCUCAGACAUCUGACGUGACAUGUUUGAGUCCAUAGUUUGGUACAAACAAGUCUCAUUUGGUCCAGGAUGAUUCAGUUUUGCUGCAUUAGGCAUUUCUACAUGUUUCUUCUUGCCCCGUUAUAUCAUUUUGACCCAUGUCUGCUGUUGAGGCAGCAAACAGCCAACCACCGUCAAACUGUGUGUUAAAGCUGCAUUGUUUCUGUUGAAAUGUCAAGUUUUGUCUUUCAGAUCUGCACUAAAGCAGACUCUAACUGUCCUAGCUGAGCCUGUAACAAAAUAAAUCAGUAUGAUAUAC